AUCCGUUCACUCUUUCCUUGCUUGUAAAAAACCCUAGAAAUACAAAAUCAAAAUGUCAAACUACUUACCCAUCGAAAUUCAAGUAGAAAUCCUGAAAAAGAUUCCUGUGAAAUCGUUGAUUCAAUGUCGCUCCGUCUCUAAAGCAUGGAAGUCUCUCAUCGACAGCUCCGAUUUUAUUGCACAUUAUAGCGGCCAACAGCAACAUCUACUUGUAAGUUAUCAUGAUUCAACUGAUUUUGACCGAAAAUACGUUUCAAUUGUUGAUGAUGAUGAUGCUUUUCCCCGACAUAAAGUGUCUUUGACUGUUCCGGCACCUGUUGACAUGCUUAAACAUUCUAGAAUAAUCGGCAGCUCUCAUGGCUUGAUGUGUUUGUACUCUGAUUAUGGCGAGACCGCUGUUGUUUGGAAUAUUUCAAUUAGAAAAGCUGUUGCUGUUAAUGUGCCUAAUGUGGGAGAUUAUUAUCGAUAUGAAGCUGUUCUAGGUUUUGGGGUUUGUGGUGAAACCAGUGACCCUAAGAUUGUCAAGAUUACGCCUAUUGUUAUGGACAGUACAAGUAGCAUCCCUUGGCAAAUUGAUGUUUUUACCUUAAGCACUGGGGCUUGGAGACGUCCUUAUAGCACGAAUCUGCCUCGUAAAUCAUUAAACUUCGACUGUUCUCUGUUAGGUGUAGUCGUAGAUGGAGAUUUUUGUUGGCUUGUGACUGAUAGGAUUACUAUGGAUGGUGAACGUAGGUCUAUUAAUUUGAUUAUUUCAUUUGAUUUGACAAGUGAAGAAUUUACAGAAAUAAACCUCCCGGAUGCUUUAGCACACUUCCAAUGUCGUCAUCUGUCCAUGUCUAAACUUAGGGAGUCUCUUGUUCUGAUUCAAGGCUACCUGUGCAAUGAUAACGUUUUCCAUGUAUGGAUGAUGAUGGAGGAUGGCGUUCCAAAAUUGUUUACAAAGAUGUUCACUAUUUGUACACCAGGUGCAGUAGUUCUAGGAGUAUUGGAAUUUAGGAAGACUGGUGAACCUAUAAUUGAAAUCUUAGACUAUUCUUGUGACCCAUUUGAAGACGAUUCAUCGCUUGUUGUUUAUGAACCCUGCUCAAAACACAUCACUAAUCUUGGGAUUAGUGGAAUGUGCUCAUUUUCUUCGUAUUCCUACAAGGAGACACUACUUCUGCUUGAUCAAACGGAUCUUACAACUUAUGACAUUUGAAAAUGGAGAGUAAGAACUUUUUGGAAGCUGCUACUGUAGAAUUGGAAACCAUUUCUCAGGUAUAAUUUGGUUCUCUUUAAAACCAAAGCACAAUGAGACACAUCUUUCUAGUUUCUUGUUGUUUGAAUAACCUGGACCUCACAAAGUUAUUGUGAGGAUCAUUUUCAUGAAAUGGUUAGAUUGAUGCCUGAGAAUGGCUGCCUUGAUUAAUCAUUAUGCUGCUAUGAGUAUACCUGGACCCAAAGGUCCACCUUUGGGCUAAUCUGGACUUUUUCUACAAUGUCAUGGGUUGUUUUGGGUUACAGUCUGCUGUCAGAUUUUCCUAAGCUACUGUUCAGUCGAUUUUAGAUGCCUGUUGUUUUGAGGUUUUUGAUGACGUUGAGUAUGAAUUUAUCUUUCUGAAGUUGUUGA